AUGUCAUGUCAUGGUGUGGGCAUUGGCACUAUCAUGGACCCAAAACUCAAAGCUCAAGGGAAGUUCCGGACCAGACUCCUGUUUGGCUCGAAAUUGAGGGUGUACAGGUGGUCUUUGUUGGAAGGACGAGGUCGAUCUUACCUACUCACCUUCGCUCACCUCCCAGUCAUGAGGCCAUUACUGGUCGGCGGCCUCUGUGUUUUCCUAUAUAACAAUCAUCACUUCGUCUUUGAUGACCUGAAGCGAACGGCCAAGGCAGAGGGCUGGGCGGUGCCAGCCGACUGUGCAACUUGGGAAGAGGCACUGAGCCAGGACUCCACCACUCAACAAGCGAAGAGGCUGGUAGAUUCUUUCGAACAACCGGUGGAAGUCUUCGGCGCCAAAACCAAGCUAUCCCACGAAGCUGCACGGCUGGCAGUAAAGCAGUACGCACAGCGCAACGAACGCAUGCAUUCCGAAGUCGGUUUACUGCAAUCGAUCGACAAGGACCUGGAGGAUUUGCCAACUAUCCUCCCCGCGGCAAACCUCGGAAGCCAAGAGCCAGCAUGGCGAGAGAUCAUCGCCUAUUACGGAAACGAGUGCUUCGGGACUCAGGAUGCGGUGUCGGCGGUUGGGGAGGACUCAACUGAUGAGCCGGGUAAGGAGACAUCAAGUGAUGAGUCGGUUGAAGAAGCAUCAACCAGUCAAGAGGACGUCGACACCACCAUUCCUCUCGGAGACCUCGCACUCGGUAAUAGCUACGAUGACGAUGACAAUAUCCAAUUAGGCGGAGGGACAUUGCCGAAGCAUGGGGCUGCCACACCCCAUCCCGAUGAGCCUUUCCCUAAGAAUGCCAAAGUGAACGACGGUACGGCGCUUCUCAAGUUUGGAUCGAAAGUUGAUGCAUCCAUAGCCACGGGCAUCAAAAACUACUGGAAUUAG